UCGCUUAAACCUUUCACACUGUGAAUGACUUUAGCGCGCGCUCGGAAGGAGGCUCAUUGAAGAUCGAUGAAUAGCUACUAGACCAUAGUCGAUCCAACCUGAUAGCCUGGUGGUUGCAUGUAUCUAGACUGCGUUUCGACUUGGUCGCGUAUCUUAGCCGUGCUUUUGCCUUCCAUCUUAGGCAUGCGAUGAUGCUGAUGGACGCGAGGAUCAGGUUUCUCGAGGACCAAAUGUGGUAUUGUGCCGACAUCCUUCAUAAAAUGCGCACCGACGUAGCGUAUUACGCGAGCAAGAUCCAAGACAUUCAAUGGGAGAUUGAAGUCGGCAGUCCAUCAUCUCGCCGUCGGAAACGGCUGGCGAAAUUGAAAGCCCGGUGUAUGAGACAGUUUGAAUUCCGGGCACAGCAAGAGAAGCAUGUCCUGGAGAACUUCACCGCUACCCAACGAAGGCUUCAAGACCUUCGAUGUCAUGCCGCCUCUAUGAGGCAGCUUCUGGACCUAUACGGAGGCACUCUACCGUAUGAGAGUUUAUAUCCCCCUAGUCCCUCCCUCGAAGCCAAACACCACGGACCUAGCUCCUCAGCGAUCCCUAAUUUCCAACCAGUAGACGAUCUAGCCUCCCCGCUGGAAUCCACCCGAGAAGAGCGCAGCGGAAGAAGAAAAGGAACUGGUGACGGCAGCGGGAGAGGUGUCUUGGAGAGACAUCCAUCGAGAUCUUUUCUCAACUGUGCUGCUCCUGAGCUUCACUCUCCAUCACACGGGUCAUUGAGCAGUGAGCCAGUCACGAUGCCGCUAAAUUACACCUAUGCGCCGAAUAGCACCGCGAUCUGGGCGAGAGGCACGGUUUCUGUCCCAUUACCACGACGAUUUUCGGCCCCAGUGCUAGAUGUGGCGGGCGUAUCCAGCCAUUCGAACUCAUCUUGCGCUCCGCAGCGUAGUUUUCACGCAGAACCGAUGGCCACACAGCUCCGAGCAAGUUAUUAGAGUUAUGUCGGAACGA